UCGUUCACUGUGGAAAAGAAAUCAAUUUAAGUACACUUGGAAUUGCUUACCCUAAGAAGCCUCUUAGUAAAUAGAUAAUCCAUUCCUAUCUAGCAAUUUAGAGUUGAGUCUAAUGUGGGUGACAUUAAUUUCUUUAGAGCUUACCUGCUCCCCAUUGUUACCAUACCUCUUUAUCUACGUGGUUUCUCUGGAACAAAGUGACAAGGGAGGAAAAACAAGGCUAUUUUGAAUCCACAUCUACCUUAAACCUUUUACUAAGCACCCCAUGGCAUCCAUGAGAUAUUAACAGAUAAUGAAAUAAAGGCUUAUAAGUUAAUCACUUGCCCAAGAUCACAGACAAUGAACAGCAGACAGAACUCUGGUCCUCUAAGGCCAACCAUAUUCAAAAUCUCUCUGGUACUGAAAGCUCUGUCUCACUUCAUUAAACAAUCAGUUGUAUUUAUGCAGUGCUACACAGUUUUCAAACUUUUCAAACAUAUCUGUCUGGGGAAGAACAGAUUUUGGGGGAAAGGAGGAUUCAAGAUCUUCUGAUAACCUCAAGUUCCCAUUCUAGUAAAAAGCACAUAGGAUUAUAACAAUGCUGAAAACUGUGCCAACAAGUAUUCACAGCUGAGAAGAUGGUCUGAAUUUAUUUAUCCAGAAGAGAUAAUUUAUGUAAAGAUAUUCACAAGCUGAAUGCAAAAAUGGUUAUGUACCUUUGAGACUUUUCACUUAAUAUUUACCAAAGCAACUCCUUAUACCAGUAGUAUGUUUUCAUUUAAAAAGUAUCUCACUAUACAAUAAAAAGCACCCAGCUUAGCCACUUAAACACUGGUAAUGUGAUCAAUGUUUAACACUUAAAUUUUCAGUGGUCUAAAUCAAGUUUUUGUAAAAACUUUUUUUUUUUUUUUUCAGAGGGAGUCUCACCCUGUCGCCCAGCCUAGAGUGCAGUGGGGCGAUCUCGGCUCACUGCAACCUCUGCUGCCCAGGUUCAAGAGAUUCUCCUGCCUCAGCCUCCUGAGCAGCUGGGAUUUACAGGCGCCUGCCAUGGCGCCCGGCUAAUUUUUUUUUAUUUUUAGUAAAGACGGCAUUUCACCAUCUUGGCCAGGCUGGUCUUGAACUCCUGACCUCGAGUGAUCCACCAACCUCAGCCUCCCAAAGUGCUGGGAUUACAGGAUUGAACCACUGCACCCAACCAUAGCUGGGUUUUCUCAAUCUGUAGAUGGCUUUCUAAAAACCUCUCAGCUGCCCUCUCUUCGAAUAUUGUUUCUACCCGAUUCUUUCUUUCUCCCUGUCAUUCUCACAUCAGACCUGUGUUAGUCCUUUUCAUUCUGUCCUCCAUGGUUCUCAAACUGUCCUGUUUCUCAUCUUGUUUUCUGUCUAUGCUUUAUUCUUGUGGUUUCCUCAGGUUUAUCUUUAAAUUCACUAUUCUGUCUUAGGCCAUAUCUUACCUUCUGUUUUUAGAAGCAAGGUAGUUCUUCCAGAAAAGAACUGCACUUGGUUCCACUAGGCAAGCAGUACUACUACCAGCCUGGGAUCACUUUAAACUACAUUUUUGAUGGUAUGUUUUUUAGACAACAUAGAUUGUGUGAAUUUGGGUUACAAACCAUGUGAGGGCCAGUGUAUAGUUGCAAAUUCCCAAAGGAGACUUUCCCUGUAUACUCGGUGAUAUGGUUUAUAUCUCAUCUUGACAAAUCUCAUCUUGAAUUGUAGCUCCCAUAAUUCCCAUAUGUUAUAGGAGGGACCUGGUGGGAGAUAACUGAAUCAUGGGGGCAGUUUCCCCCCAUACAGUUCACUUGGUAGUGACUAAAUCUCAUGAGAUCUGAUGGUUUUAUAAGGGGUUUCCCUUUUUGCUUGGUUCUCAUUCUCUCGUUUACUGCCAUGUAAGACACGGCUUUUGCCUUCCACCAUGAUGGCAAGGCCCUCCCAGCCACGUGGAAAUGUGAGUCCAUUAAACCUCUUUUUCUUUUAAAUUACCCAAUCUCAGGUAUGUCUUUAUCAGCAGUGUCAAAACAGACUAAUACAGUCAGUGACUCCAGAUAGUAUGUGUCCUCACUGUCCCCUGGGGAGAGGGGCAGGGAGCAUGUUUAUUUGUAGGGUAUAGGCUUUGGGGUCCAGGGUUUAUAUGUGGGGGUGGGGUUUCUAUUAAAUCACAACCUGGUUGGGCCCUAGUCUUUGUCUCUGUUUUUCCAUACCCUGCAAGACCUUGAGCACCCAGGCUCAAAUUCAUGGCAAAUAUCCUCAAUGCAAAAGUUGUCUCUGCUUUUGUUUCUGGGUGCCUGUCUCGAUUCAGUUUUUAAUCUGAGGAUUCCUUACUUUCUUGCCAGCUUGGAGACAUAUUUAUGAUGGUGAAUUUUUUGUUUGUUUUCAUUUUAUCAAUCAUUUUAAUUGUUUUUAAUGGAAAUGAGUCAAACUGUAUAUAUAACCCACCCUUAUUUUUUAAAAAUUCACAAGAACAAUGAGAAGAUAAUAUAACAUGAACAUAGGUGCUGCUGCUAUGGAAAAUUACAGAAACCCACUAGAGUGAGCAAUGGAUGGAGCUGAGGCAGAGCCACAGCUGCCUUUCUCAGGAUGUCAGCUGUUGCUAGGGAGACCAGCUGAAUAGAGGGCAAUUACCUAAGGAAGACUCUGAGGAGAACUUUGAGAAACUGGUCAGCAGGUUAUAAGAACACAUGCAUCUUGUUUUAUGAUUGACAAGUGUUUCUGUAAUAUCUGCAAGACCAGCCUCUAAGUAAGCGUGGUUUACUCUUUUAUUCAGCAAUAACUUAAUGUGUCCACACCAUUCCUGGCUCUAGAUGCUUAGUGAAUGUUCGAUGAAUUCUCUGAAUUUGCAGAGACAUGAAAAAAGGCAUCCAAGUGGGCAGCCUUGAUUAACUGGUCAUCCAUGUCAUUGACUCCAAGUUUUAAAAAAAAUGCAAUAGGCGGCCACAAUGGUCAGAACACAGAAGCUUGAGGCAGAUUCUGGUGUCACCCAGAGCGACUAGACCAACAUUCCGGUGUGGGCAGUGGUGGCGGCCGGCAGGCAGUGAGAGGAAGCCCGCUACAAGUGCCCUCGUUCCCCGCCUCUCUCGAUGAACCGGAGGGAAUAAGCCGCUCCUCCCGCAGGGGCUGCGCCUCCAUGAAUCCCUAGUUGUUUUUUUUUGCUUUCUCUCCCCUCUCCUCACCCCCACUCCGAGCUCCGUCCCGCCUUCUCCCUUCGCCAGUGGCGGCCGAAUCCAUGUGCGGAGUCCAUACCAGCGCAAUGGCGUCCAACCCCCAACGGGGGGAGAUUCUGCUCAGGGAACUGCAGGGGGAUUCCCGAAGUCUUCCGUUUCCUGAGAAUGUGAGUGCUGUUCAAAAAUUAGACUUUUCAGAUACGAUGGUGCAGCAGAAAUUGGAUGAUAUCAAGGAUCGAAUUAAGAGAGAAAUAAGGAAAGAACUGAAAAUCAAAGAGGGAGCUGAAAAUCUGAGGAAAGUCACAAGAGAUAAAAAAAGUUUGUCUUAUGUAGACAACAUUUUGAAAAAAUCAAAUAAAAAAUUAGAAGAACUACAUCACAAGCUGCAGGAAUUAAAUGCACAUAUUGUUGUGUCAGAUCCAGAAGAUAUUACAGAUUGCCCAAGGACUCCAGAUAUUCCAAAUAGUGACCCUCGUUGUUCUACUAGCAACAAUAGAUUGAAGGCUCCCUUCGUCAGCGGCGGUCGCGUCCAGGUGCGGAGUCCAUACCGGAGUGCAAUGGCGUCCAACCCCCAACGGGGGGAGAUUCUGCUCAGGGAACUGCAGGGGGAUUCCCGAAGUCUUCCGUUUUCUGAGAAUGUGAGUGCUGUUCAAAAAUUAGACUUUUCAGAUACGAUGGUGCAGCAGAAAUUGGAUGAUAUCAAGGAUCGAAUUAAGAGAGAAAUAAGGAAAGAACUGAAAAUCAAAGAAGGAGCUGAAAAUCUGAGGAAAGUCACAAGAGAUAAAAAAAGUUUGUCUUAUGUAGACAACAUUUUGAAAAAGUCAAAUAAAAAAUUAGAAGAACUACAUCACAAGCUGCAGGAAUUAAAUGCACAUAUUGUUGUGUCAGAUCCAGAAGAUAUUACAGAUUGCCCAAGGACUCCAGAUAUUCCAAAUAGUGACCCUCGUUGUUCUACUAGCAACAAUAGAUUGAAGGCUCCCUUCGUCAGCGGCGGCCGCGUCCAGGUGCGGAGUCCAUACCGGAGUGCAAUGGCGUCCAACCCCCAACGGGGGGAGAUUCUGCUCACGGAACUGCAGGGGGAUUCCCGAAGUCUUCCGUUUUCUGAGAAUGUGAGUGCUGUUCAAAAAUUAGACUUUUCAGAUACAAUGGUGCAGCAGAAAUUGGAUGAUAUCAAGGAUCGAAUUAAGAGAGAAAUAAGGAAAGAACUGAAAAUCAAAGAGGGAGCUGAAAAUCUGAGGAAAGUCACAAGAGAUAAAAAAAGUUUGUCUUAUGUAGACAACAUUUUGAAAAAAUCAAAUAAAAAAUUAGAAGAACUACAUCACAAGCUGCAGGAAUUAAAUGCACAUAUUGUUGUAUCAGAUCCAGAAGAUAUUACAGAUUGCCCAACGACUCGCAGAUCGCAGCAAAGGUUUCAGUUUAAUCUGCAAGAUUUCAGGUGUUGUGCUGUCUUGGGAAGAGGACGGUUUGGAAAGGUGCUUUUAGCUGAAUAUAAACACACAAAUGAGAUGUUUGCUAUAAAAGCCCUAAAGAAAGGAGAUAUUGUGGCUCGACAUCAAGUAGACAUCCUGAUGUGUGAAAAAAGAAUUUUUGAGACUGUGAAUAGCGUAAGGCAUCCCUUUUUGACGAACCUUUUUGCAUGUUUCCAAACCAAAGAGCAUGUUUGCUUUGUAAUGGAAUAUGCUGCCGGUGGGGACCUAAGGAUGCACAUUAAUACUGGUGUCUUUUCUGAACCAACAGCUGUAUUUUAUGCUGCUUGUGUAGUUCUUGGGUUGCAGUAUUUACACGAACACAAAAUUGCUCAUAGAGAUUUGAAAUUGGAAAACUUAUUGCUAGAUACAGAGGGCUUUGUGAAAAUUGCUGAUUUUGGUCUUUGCAAAGAAGGAAUGGGAUACAGAGAUAGAACAAGCACAUUUUGUGGCACUCCUCUAUAUCUUGCCCCAGAAGUAUUAACAGAAAUUUCCUAUACAAGGGCUGUAGAUUGGUGGGGCCUUGGCGUGCUUAUAUAUCAAAUGCUUGUUGGUGACUAUCCCUUUCUUGGUGAUGACGAAGAGAAACUUUUUGACAGUAUUGUAAAUGACGAAGUAAACUAUCCAAGGUUCUUAUCUACAGAAGCCAUUUCUAUAAUGAGAAGGCUGUUAAGAAGAAAGCCUGAGCGGCGCCUUGGGGCUAGCAAGAAAGAUGCAGAAGAUGUAAAAAAGCACCCAUUUUUCCGGCUAAUUGAUUGGAGCGCUCUGAUGGACAAAAAAGUAAAGCCACCAUUUAUACCCACCAUAAGAGGACGAGAAGCUGUUAGCAAUUUCCAUGAUGAAUUUACCUCAGAAGCACCUAUUCUGACUCCACCUCGAGAACGAAGGAUACUUUCGGAAGAGGAGCAGGAAAUGUUCAGAGAUUUUGACUACACUGCUGAUUGGUGUUAAGUUGCUAGACACUGCGAAACCAAGCUGACUGACUCACAAGAAGACCUCUUAAAAAUAGCAAGCCUUCAUUUGCUCUCUGUGCCACCAAUAGCUUCUGAGUUUUGUUUUGUUUUUUUUUUUUUAAUUGAAACACGUGAAGAUUUGUUUAAAAGUACCAUUCUAAUACUUCUUCAAAAGUGGCUUCUCAUUGUACUUCAGCGUAAAUAUGAGCACCGGGAACAGUUUCAUGGAGUUUAAGUUGAGUGAACAUCGGCCAUGAAAAUCCAUCACAAAUACUUUUGGAUCAAUAGUCUAUUUUAAAAAAGAAAGGAAAAAACCACUUGUUUGCAGUCCCUAGCUUUGCCAUAUGCCCGCCUUAAGUGGACGGAAAAUUAAUCACUUAACUAUGUCUUACAAAAAGAAAAAAAGGGCUUGGAAUGCUUUUUGUAAAACAUAGUUAAGUGAUUAAUUUUCCUUCCACUUAAGGCGGGCAUAUGGCAAAGCUAGGGACUAUAAAAAAGUGGUUUUUUCCUUUCUUUUUAAAAAUAGACUAUUGAUCCAAAAGUAUUUGUGAUGGAUUUUCAUGGCCGAUGUUCACUCAACUUAAACUCCAUGAAACUGUUCCCGGUGCUCAUAUUUACGCUGAAGUACAAUGAGAAGCCACUUUUGAAGAAGUAUUAGAAUGGUACUUUUAAACAAAUCUUCACGUGUUUCAAUUAAAAAAAAAACAAAACAAAACUCAGAAGCUAUUGGUGGCACAGAGAGCAAAUGAAGGCUUGCUAUUUUUAAGAGGUCUUCUUGUGAGUCAGUCAGCUUGGUUUCGCAGUUAACACCAAUCAGCAUGUUAGGGUCACUAUACCUCAGGAAUAGCAAGCUGUUAAGUAACCAUACUGAAUUAACUAAUCACAGUGAGCUCAUCUCUUAAAAAUUGUUCAGGUGUAAAUCUUACGAGAAACAUGAAAAAGCACACUGAUUUAUGGAGAGUUGAGCUAAAAACAUUUAUAAAUAUUUGCUGGGAUGUUUUAGCAUCUUUUCAUUGUACUCUGAGAGCAAUUAAAAUUGUCCAGAGAUCAUUUAUAUUA